ACCGUAUCGACUGCAAACACUUCAACUUCGAAACAACCCAAACCCUUUGAGAUUUCCCAAGAUCGAUUCAAAGAAAGCAGUUAGGACUGUUCAAGCUAUGGCCUCGAAAAGGAUCAACAAGGAGCUUAGGGACCUGCAAAGGGAUCCUCCAGUCUCAUGCAGUGCUGGUCCUGUGGGAGAUGAUAUGUUCCACUGGCAAGCAACUAUUAUGGGUCCAUCUGAUAGCCCUUUUGCCGGAGGUGUGUUUCUUGUUUCCAUCCACUUCCCGCCAGAUUACCCCUUCAAGCCACCAAAGGUUUCUUUCCGCACAAAGGUUUAUCACCCGAACAUCAACAGCAAUGGCAGCAUCUGUCUUGACAUUCUUAAAGAGCAGUGGAGCCCUGCGCUUACCGUAUCCAAGGUUCUUCUGUCGAUCUGCUCAUUGUUGACAGAUCCAAACCCUGAUGAUCCUCUGGUUCCAGAAAUAGCUCACAUGUACAAGACAGACCGAGUCAAGUACGAGACCACUGCCCGUUCCUGGACCCAGAAGUAUGCUAUGGGAUGAGCGGGGAUUGGCAAUAAUGACCUUAUCUGAGAAGGGGAGAAAUAAGAAGGAUAAAAAAAAAACACUAGUGUGUGGCUUUUGCUUUAUUACUUUUAUUAUCUUAAGCCGUGUGUUGGGGUGUGUACGUACAUGAACUUUUCUACAAUUGAGAUAUUGCAAUGCUUAGAGUGAAUAAUUGGCUAUUAUGUGA